GUGCUCCUCUCUCUCUGUGCACGCGCUGGCUGGUUGGCGGUCGGCUGUCCGAGCGCGAUGGAGGCUCAGCGGUACCUGCAAAUGACGCCGAAUAGGCCAUAGGUCCCGUAUUGAUUCUGGAGGAUGCUCGCACAAUAAUGAUUGUUCUUGAUUUCCGUGUGAUAACGCCAGGAAGUUGUCGUCUGCUCGAGAGGUGCAGACUUGCCUUGAAUAUGCUUGGAAGACGCCCGUCAGUUGGUUGUGCACUAACCCCGGGUUUCAGAGACCAGAAGGCUGUUUCCGCUAAUGAACCGUUUGAACGCUAUUUCUAAUGACUUUAGUGAGAGACACUCACGUGCGGAACUUGGGCUAUGAGCGUUGCCUCUCAUUCACCACUUUCGGGAUAGUUUAGACGCAUGUACUUAACACCUAGUUUGAUCGACACCUGACCCGUUGUGUACCCAGUGGUCCCUAAACAACCAAAUCGAACUGACGUGACUGGAAAACUUCCAAAAUGUGAUCAACGACGAUUAAGAGGCGACCACUUCCAUGAUCGACUUUAGACGUCCACUACGGAAACACCAGACGGCGAUGGAGCAAUGCCGUCGCCAAUUUUGAUGAUAUGGGCUCUACUGUCAGUUUUAGUUGCGGGUACCUGCACAUUCAGCUUCCUUCAACCAUUCUGGUUCAUCCACUUGGACUACACGCACUCCUUUGGGCUGAUCAGCUACUGCUUCGGCAACACCCGCUUCGCCUACUCUCGGGAGACCUGUCUCGCCUAUGGGGGUAAUUUCAACCUGGGGAGCAUUCCCUCUGGGGCGUGGCAGGCCUCGUGUGUGUUGUAUGGAGGGGGGUGUGGACUUCUCUGUCUCGGCGCAUUUAUUGCAAUAUGUGUGGCGAUCAUUCCAGCCGAUUACAGAAAGAAACCAACAAGACUUGCAGGUUACACGCAAACGGUAGCAGUGUUGAUUAUGAUAGCGGGGCUCCUCAUCUACCCACUUGGAUUGGGGUCCAAAUCCUUCCGCGAGUACUGCGGCAACAUGUCUUCCGCCUACUACUCAGGCCAGUGUCUGAUUGGAUGGAGCUACAUGCUUGGAAUUAUGGGAACUGCCCUCGCAAUCUUCUGUCCAUUCUUGUCACAAUUCACAGACAUGAAAGCAAGUGAAAUAUUCGCCUGACCAGUGCUUCUAAAUUGUUUUCAUGAAACGGGACCACUCGCCUCCCGUGGUUUAAUCAACAGAUACACUGUGGUCCUUCUUAUGAUUCUGAGAGCAGUCAUGGGAUGGGACGUUUGCCAAGCUAGGUCACAAGAACGUGAAGAUCAGAAACGACACGAUAAAACUCGUGCAGAAACUCAAAGAUGGUUCGACCCGGAUUCCCAGCCUUGAAUAGCAUCUUUGUAUUAUUCAGCUUUGUUCGAGAUGUGUAGAACGUUAUAUCCUAAUGGGGUGGUGUUUCGGAAUCGCAUGGUCCUACAUUGUCUUCCAUUCGAUGAAUACGCUGUUCAUCAAAGACUCUCAAGCGCUCAACGUCUUUUCAUCGGGAACCAAAUGCAACCACGCUGUCUUGACAAGCAUUCGUCACGACAAAGCGAAUGUGAAUUUUAAAGUCUCCUUAGAGGUGUAUGAAACCGCGGAAUGCAAUAUUAAAGUGAAACCUUUCAUAAAGACGACAUCUGCAUCUUGAAUAUUGAUGCCAUCAGUUUUCAUAGCGGACAGACGAGCUUUAUGUGAAUCGCUUCAAAAGAACGUCCAAACUACAUCAAAUCCUUUUAACAACAUGUAUACAUAAUUCAGUGGCGACCCCUGAUCAAUUUCCAAGGCAGACGGAUUCCACGAAGCCGGUAUUGAAACGCUUGAAUAAUCAAUGACCUUGGUACAGAGUUUGAAGGUGACUCUGUGUUUGGAUGAAGUCGAAAACGGACUUGAAUACCCCGAAGGGUAGAAAGGUUGUGAGCUGUGUACAUAUUUUUCAUGGCGCUUGUCAACAACCAUUGAAAGAAUCAUUUAGAUGUUAGUAUUUAUUUGUCUUCAGUGGACUCAUGGCUGUUUGAAGUUGCCUGACUUGUACUGCUUCGUUGACUUGGUGAAAUGAGGAUUCUUUAGAAUUUUGGGUUCCUCUUGAACAGAGCACCGUGGUGUGUAGCAGGAAACGUCUAUAAAACGUUUCUUGUUUGUAGUAAAUUUCUGCAUGAAAUUGUUACAGUUUCUUUAUUUCCAGAGGUCAUGUUAUGCAACGUAUUUUCUGUGUCCUAAUACAACAUAUUUUUUAAAUCUUUGAUUUAAUUCUAUUGAA